CGCACGUUCGGUCCUAUUGUUAGUGCUAGCGUCAUGAAGACCUGUGGAAUAUCACGCGUUUGCACCUUCGUGCUACAACCCCAAGGAUUUCGGGGAAAUGUCUCUAUCGUCGGCCUACAUUUUCAGGCUAGUAAUGUCGCUGUUGCUACGUGCGCGUUCUCCUCAUAAUGGGGACCCUCGCGCUUCACGGAAAAGGCCCGUGUGUUUCCAGUCCGGAUCUGCGAUUGUGAUAAUGUUUCAGUCCCCGACAUAAGAACACAGCAGCAGCAGCAACAACAGCAGCCCAGCCCUUUACUGUGGUGGUAUGAGUGGUGCGUGUGUGUUGAAGAGGAAAGCUGUUGUCUGGGACUCCUUCAGCCUGCACUGCAGAACUCCGCCGCCUUCUGACAGUCCGUUACCCAGCAUGCCCGUGGUGCUGAGUGCCGCUGGCCCCGCCCCCCAGCCGCCUCCCCCUUCUCAGGGGGCGGGGCGUUCCCAAGACGACGCAAUGGUGGACUACUUUUUUCAGCGGCAACAUGGAGAACAGCCCGGGUACGGCAGCGGCAAACAGCGCUGGCCCGCUGGUGACAGCAUACAUGGUGACAGCCAGGUUCGAUCAAUGGAUGAGCUGAAUCAUGACUUCCAGGCAUUAGCUUUGGAGGGACGGUCCAUGGGUGAGCAGCUCCUGACAGGAAAGAAGUUCUGGGAGCUGGAGGAAGGGAAGGAGGGACCUAAGGGCAUCUUCUUGGACCAGUGGAGGGACAGCGCUUGGGGGGCUUCAGAACAUUCAGUUUCUCAACCAAUCAUGGUCCAGCGCCGGUCAGUCCAGGGUUUCCAUGGCGUUGGGGAGGCGGGGUCAGUCCUGUCCCCACGCAGUGAGAGUGGAGGAUUGGGCGUCUCCAUGGUGGAAUAUGUGCUCAGCUCCUCCCCCGCCGACAAAUUGGACUCAUGUCUGCGUAAAGGAGCUUUUGGCCCACAUGAUUCUGAGGGUGAUGAUUCCGAAAAGAGGGUGGAGUCAAAGCCAAAAGUCGCAUUUGAUUCGGACAGAAAGGAACUUGUGGAAGCUGAGCCUGAUGUCAUGGACAACCCUAAUGGACUGGCCAGUCAAAAUGGUCUGGAUGUGGAUGUCAAAGAUUUUAGCCGCCCUGGGAACUGCCCUCCUGCCGGAAACGAGGUGGAGCUGGGAGGGGCCGAUCUGUCUGGAGGGGCGAUGUCCAAAGCAGGGGACGACUUUUCGACCGUCGAGCCCCAAAAUGUGACCCUAGACCCCAUGGAGUCUGUUUCUAUGGAGACGCUGCAGUUUGAUUAUGCCGGUGGUCCUCUCCCCCUGGACUCCGCUCCCCCCACAGUUGGCCUCUUUGACUACAACUCACAACAACAGUUGUUUCAGAGGCCCAGUGCAUUGGCAGUCCAACAGCUCACAGCCGCCCAACAGCAGCAGUAUGCCCUGGCGGCCCAGCAACAGCACAUCGGUCUGGCUCCAGCUGCAUUUGUGCCCAACCCUUACAUCAUCAGUGCAGCCCCCCCAGGCACAGACCCCUACACAGCUGGCCUUGCUGCCGCCGCCACUCUGGGUCCGGCAGUCAUGCCUCAUCAGUACUAUGGAGUUCCAUGGGGUGUUUAUCCAGCGAACCUCUUCCAGCAGCAAGCUGCCCCCUCCAACAACGCCAAUCAGCAACAAGGUGGACAAACGCAGCAGAACCAGCAGCAGGUCAUGCGCACGGGUGGCUCGCAGCGACCUUUGACUCCCAACCAGGGACAACAGGGGCAGCAGGCUGAGCAGCUGGUGGCUGCAGCAGCUGUCAAUUCUGCUCUCGCGUUCGGACAAGGCCUUGCAGCUGGAGUGCCAGGUUACCCAGUGCUAGCGCCAGCGGCGUAUUAUGACCAGACAGGGGCGCUGUUGGUCAACACAGGAGGACGCAGUGGGCCCGUCAGACUCAUGGCUCCUGCCUCUGUCAUCAUCAGCCCCACGGCAGUUGCUGCUGCAGCCGCAUCAGCCAGUGGAGGCGGGGGUGGACUUGGAGGCGGAGCCAGUGGUGCCUUCCGAACCCUGAGCUCCCAGCAGGCAACAGGGCAGCAGGGCAGCGGAGCGCUGGGCGGGAGCUCCUUUUAUGGGAGUGGCUCUCUAAGCUCCUCCUCCCAGAGCUCCUCCCUGUUCUCUCAGGGCCCGCCUCAGCCUGGCUCCUCCUCCCUCAGUUUUAGUGCCAAUGGGUCCUCAUCGCUUGGGGCUGCACUCGGAUCCCUGGGGGGCUUCGGCACAGCUGUGGCUAACUCAAGCACAGGUAGUGCCUCUCGCCGUGAUUCCCUGACGGGUAGUUCUGAGCUGUACAAACGAACACCUAGCAGCCUAAAUCCCAUUGGUCAUGGAGGAUUCUACAAUGGCCUAGGCUUCAGCCCUUCUCCUGGACCUGUUGGACACUCCCACUCACUGACCCCACCCCCUUCCCUGUCUAACCAUGGCUCCUCCUCCAGCCUCAACCUUGGUGGUUUGACCAAUGGGAGCGGGCGUUUCAUCUCCGCAGCUCCGGGAGCGGAGGCCAAGUACCGCAGCUCCACCUCUGGCUCCUCCCUCUUCAGUCCCAGCAGCCAGCUGUUCCCGUCGUCACGGCUACGCUAUGGAAUGUCAGACGUGAUGCCAUCCGGUCGCAGCCGCCUUCUCGAGGACUUCCGCAACAACCGCUAUCCCAACCUGCAGCUGCGAGAGAUCGCUGGACAUGUCAUGGAGUUCUCCCAGGACCAGCAUGGCUCCAGGUUCAUCCAGCUGAAGUUGGAGCGGGCCAGUCCAUCUGAGAGGCAGCUGGUCUUCACGGAGAUCCUGCAGGCGGCCUAUCAGCUCAUGGUGGACGUGUUUGGCAACUACGUCAUUCAGAAGUUCUUUGAGUUUGGUAGCCUGGAACAGAAGCUGGCUCUGGCCGAACGGAUCCGGGGUCACGUUCUGUCGCUAGCGCUGCAGAUGUACGGCUGCCGGGUCAUCCAGAAAGCCUUGGAGUUCAUCCCCUCGGAGCAGCAGGUCAUUAGUGAAAUGGUGCGGGAGUUGGAUGGGCACGUCCUGAAGUGUGUGAAAGAUCAAAAUGGAAACCAUGUGGUGCAAAAGUGCAUUGAGUGUGUCCAGCCUCAUGCCCUCCAGUUCAUCAUCGACGCCUUUAAAGGACAGGUGUUUGCUCUGUCGACUCAUCCUUACGGCUGCAGAGUAAUCCAGCGGAUCCUUGAGCACUGCCUCCCAGAGCAGACCCUGCCCAUCCUGGAGGAGCUGCACACCCACACGGAGCAGCUUGUGCAGGACCAGUACGGUAAUUACGUGAUUCAACACGUUUUGGAGCAUGGGCGAGCGGAGGACAAGAGCAAGAUCGUCUCGGAGAUCCGGGGGAAUGUUCUGGGACUGAGUCAGCACAAGUUUGCAAGUAACGUGGUGGAGAAGUGUGUGACCCACUCCCUGCGCGCGGAGCGAGCUCUGCUGAUCGACGAGGUGUGCAGCAUGGCGGACGGCCCCCACAGUGCCCUCUACACCAUGAUGAAGGACCAGUACGCCAACUACGUGGUGCAGAAGAUGAUCGACGUCGCCGAGCCCACCCAGAGGAAGAUUGUCAUGCACAAGAUUCGGCCUCACAUUGCCACCCUGAGGAAGUACACUUACGGGAAGCACAUCCUUGCCAAGCUGGAGAAGUACUACAUGAAGAACGGCGUGGACCUGGGCCCCCUGUGCGCCCCUCCCAACGGCAUCUUGUGAGCCCGGCAGCACCCGCGGGCAUGGGGCAGUUCCAGGUGGCGUCUGAAGGCCCACCUUCAAUUGUAACAUCACAGAUCUCUUUCAGUUCUUUUGUUUAUCUUAUCUCUCGACUCCACCCUCUAUGAAAUUAAAGUGUUUCAUUUAACUACUUUUAAAAAAAAAUGAUACACAUGCACAUAAACUUUGGCCAGCACACAACCCAACAUUCACUGAUAAUACAGCCACACUCCCUUUAGCUAACAAAUUCAUUGUCCCUAAAGGCUAACAGGGCAUAAUCUUUGAGCAUGGGAGAAAUAUACUCAAAUCUUUUUUCUCUAAAUGUACGUAUUGUAUUCUAUUUCUCUCUCUUUCUCUCUCUGUCUCACAAGCAUACUUACACACAGACACAUGCACACCUGGUCUUGCUUCUUUAAAUGUAUGUAGUGUACUCUUGCUGUAGACCUUUGCAUAUACUUAUAAAUAUAUACAUAAAGUUUGUAGUUUUUCUCUGGUUUUUGAUGUUGACCUGUAUCUAUACUGUAUCCCAGUAGUGCUGACUGCUGUAUAAUUGUAUAUUUGUAAACCUUGUGUAAAUGUGGAAUCCUUUUUGAGGAAACAGAUAAAAAAAAGCGAUUGAUUACCGCUGCGAGCGUGUGAUAGCUACGCUCUGUAAAUCACUGCAUUUGCUGUAUAUUGUAAAUUGUAAUAUCAGAUAUUUUUUGUUUUUGUUUUCAAAAUAACAUAACGAAGUUGAUGAUGAUUUUUUUUUUGUUUGUUUAGUUUUAACAUCAGCAUCACAUGCUCACUCUUUCCACCAAAACUUGCCCAUAAUGCUCUUCUCCUCUUUUUAACCUCUUUUAUAGUCGCUCUCUCCUGCAGUGGUGUGGGUGUGGGUGAGAGGUUUAGGUGACGCUUGCGGCGAGUGUGUGUACAGAUUUUUGCCAUUCUGUGGUCUAAUGUAAGUGACUGUAUAAAUCUGUUCAUUUCUUUCCUUUUUUUUUUUUUGAUUUUGUUAUUUACUCUUUUUGCUGCAGUGUACAUUUAAAACAGCGUUGUGUAAAUUUUCCUGAGUCACACACACCCUGCAGCAUCUGUGUAUAGAAGUGUGUGUAGUGAGGCCUGGCAGCAGCGUGCAUAAUGAUUGCCUGGAUGUUUUGUAUCUCCUGUUGUAGAUGGUCUCGAUACGCUGUGUGACCUUUAUUUUGAGACAAAAAAAAAAAAUCAAAAAUUGUAAAAA